AUGCGAAAGCGUCAUUCGGAAUUCAUCGCAAAGCAAAGCAGAAGCUCAAUAUUUGCUGUCGCCAAGAGAACAAUGCCUUUCAUCUACUGUCAGGAUCCUGCUUCCUUUACCUAUUUGUUUUGUACCAGUGCAUCACUUUUGUACUUGACUUCGUGCAACUCGCGAGAGAUGACCGAUGAGGAGUCUUCUCUCGCCACGGUGAAUCUUUCUAAGUAUAUUCGCGAUGAAAUACUGAGGUCCGGGAUUGCAAAACUAGUUUUUGGAGAAGAGCAUAGAAUGAAGGAAGCCUGUCUCAAGAACACGCUUCGUGCAAUGAUGAAGAGCUUUGAUGCUGAUGGCAGUGAUGACGUCAACGAGUUUGAAACUUGGGGAGAUAAUGAGUUGCUCAACUACAAUGCGCUCUGUCCUUAUUUGGUGUGUGGUCGAUCGAUUGCCUCUACGAUUGCGGCUUUCCUGGCUCUUGAACACACCAACAGGCACUGA